GUCGAGUUGCGUAGUCGAAGGCGAAGGCGAAGAUGCUGCAAAAAGCUGCUGUAGAGGUGAAUCCCAGACCAGCUCUUAUAUGCCCAUUGUUUCUCAAUGUUGUCCAGCAGGCGCACGAACGGCUAACCGUCUUCCCAGUGCUUACACGCCCGAUGCAGUUCUCGUCGAGGAUCCCUGACAGGCACGCCGAUUCCUAUCUCGAAUCUCGAUACUCAGCUGCUCAGUGGCUAGCAUAUGAGACCUUACUGGCAUAUAGGGCCCCGGGUAAGUGCGUCGGGCAUGAGACGGCAAAAGCCCUUCAGCGAAGGCCUGCAACAUCGGGCAUCUUCUUGUCCCCGCUGACCAAGUCUAUCGACUCAUGAGCGGCGUGAAAACGCCUAUGGCGGCAACUAGAAUAUCUCAUCAGCCAAAGAAAUCCUACCGUUAGCGGCUUGAAGGAAGGUAUCCAAGAGGAACUAUUAUUGGACAGAUGGGUGGCCAUAAAAGGCACCUGACCACUCCUCGUGCUCUUGUGCUUCGGCGAGAGUCAAGCGUCGCGCCUCGCAUGGUCAGGCAUUGCCUCGCA